AUGGAUUAUGCAAACAAGGGUAAUUUAAGAGGAAACUUAACAAUAAUAAUCAAAAGUGGUUGGAAUAAAAAAUUAUAUAUGUUAUUUGGAAUUAUUUCUGGACUUAAUGGUAUACAUAGACAAAAUCUUAUUCAUUGUGAUUUUCAUGAUGGCAAUAUUUUAAAUCAUAAUGAAAGAAAAGUUUAUAUUAGUGAUUUAGGAUUAUGUAAAUCUAUAAGAUCAUUUUUGAAAAAAUAUGAUAUUUAUGGUGUUAUACCAUUUAUGGCACCAGAAGUUUUAAGAGGCAAUUCUUAUACUCCAGCUAGUGAUAUAUAUAGUUUUUCUAUGAUUAUGUGGGAAUUUACAUCUGGGGUACCACCAUUUAAUAAUAGAGCACAUGAUUUUCAACUUAGUUUAAGUAUUUGUGAAGGUGAACGUCCUGAAAUUAUUGAAAAUGCUCCACAAUGUUAUGUAGAUUUGAUGAAAAAGUGUUGGGAUGAAACCCCAUUAAAAAGGCCAUCUUCUGAAGAAGUGUUAAAUAUUAUUAGUGAUUGGAUUUUUCUUCCAUCUAAUGUGAAAGUUGAAGAUAUUAAUGAAGAAUUAAAAUGCAAUAUUAUGGAAUUUAUAAAUGCACCAAUUGAGCAUAACAAUAAUCUUGCUACUGAGUCUCAUCCACAAGCAUAUUAUACAAGUCGCUUACUUGAUUUUACUAUGAAUGAAGAAAGUGAAGAUUCACAAGCUAGUGUAAAAUUAAAUGAAAUGCUAGUAAAUAAAGAUUUAGAUGAUUGUAUAGUUAAUUUGAAGUCAUUAGAUAUUAAAACAGAUAAAAAAUAACUAGUAAUAAUUAUUUGUCUUUUUAUAAGAAUUUAUAGUUUUUUUUAUGUG